CAAUUGUAUUAUAUGUGAUUGUUAUUCCUCCAUUGUGUAACUUAUUUCCUCAAAACAGAGUCAUGAUCCAACUCAAAGACAAACUCUCAUUUUAGGGCAGCCGAGACUCUUUCAAUUUUUUGGUUUUGAUCUAUGUUCUUUGGGGACAAAAUAGUGUCAUUUUUCCCCAGUGCAUCUCAAUGCAUGCUUCUCCAAAGGUCAGAACAGACUCCUUCCUGUCUUGUUCCCAAUAAAAAAACAUUUAUUUUUGUAUGUUUGCCUUAGCUCAUUUCCAGAUUAAAGAAGAGAGCAGUGGCCUCAGCUCAGUGAUUAAUUACAUCAACUCCUUACGUGGCAUUCGACCAUUAAGAGAAAGGCUGGGUUCUUGUUGCGGCCUACUGAAGACUCUCUAUUCUCAUCUCCUGAAGAGUAGUAAGAGAGACCAAUGACAUGGAGUGGAGGAACCAUAGUGGCAGAGUGAGUGAGUUUGUGUUGCUGGGCUUCCCUGCUCCUGCGCCACUACAGGUCCUAUUGUUUGCCCUUUUGCUGCUGGCCUAUGUGUUGGUGCUGACUGAGAACACACUCAUCAUUAUGGCAAUUAGGAACCAUUCCACCCUCCACAAACCCAUGUACUUCUUUCUAGCUAAUAUGUCCUUUCUGGAGAUGUGGUAUGUCACUGUUACUAUUCCCAAGAUGCUUGCUGGCUUUGUUGGGUCCAAACAGGAUCAUGGACAGCUAAUCUCCUUUGAGGGAUGCAUGACACAGCUCUACUUUUUCCUUGGCUUGGGCUGCACUGAGUGUGUCCUUCUCGCUGUUAUGGCCUAUGAUCGCUAUGUGGCCAUCUGCUAUCCUCUCCACUACCCAGUCAUUGUCAGUGGCCGGCUGUGUGUGCAGAUGGCUGCUGGCUCUUGGGCUGGAGGUUUUGGCAUCUCCAUGGUCAAAGUUUUUCUUAUUUCUCGCCUCUCUUACUGUGGCCCCAACAUCAUCAACCACUUUUUCUGUGAUGUCUCUCCAUUGCUCAACCUCUCAUGCACUGACAUGUCCACAGCAGAGCUUACAGAUUUCAUCCUGGCCAUUUUUAUUCUUCUAGGGCCACUCUCUGUCACUGGGGCCUCCUAUGUGGCCAUUACUGGUGCUGUGAUGCACAUUCCUUCGGCUGCUGGACGCUAUAAGGCCUUUUCCACCUGUGCCUCUCAUCUCACUGUCGUGAUAAUCUUCUAUGCAGCCAGUAUCUUCAUCUAUGCUCGGCCAAAGGCACUCUCAGCUUUUGACACCAACAAGUUGGUCUCUGUACUGUAUGCUGUCAUUGUACCAUUGCUCAAUCCCAUCAUUUACUGCCUGCGCAAUCAAGAGGUCAAGAGAGCCCUAUGCCGUACUCUGCACCUGUACCAGCACCAGGAUCCUGACCCCAAGAAAGCUAGCAGAAAUGUAUAGAAGGGAUGUGUGAAAUCUGAUAAAAUGCUAUUAAACUUGGGAUCAAUGUGUUCUAUGAAGUCCAAUGGAGUUCUUAGGGCCUAAAUUGGGGGCCAGAGUUUCAAAGGCAUCACUAUGGAACUAGGAAUACUUGCUUUAACUAGUCCAGGAGGAGAAAGAGGAAUAGGCUGCAAGCUAGAAAAUGGAUUUCUGCA